AGAUCUCCAGAAAGUUUAUAGACAACUUCCCCAAAGCAUUCCACAACGAGCAACGCCGCUAGGUUGAAGAAUUUCAUCUACACAAAAUCUUUAACUAAACUAGGAAAUUGACACGAUCUAUUGAAAAAGUCUACCAUCGCCCGGCAAAGAUAUCGAUAUUGUUUUCCGUAUUGGUUUUAGCUCUGCUCAGUAAACAAGGAAAAGUGAAACGUACUUAGGAAAAAAUUUGACAUUGACUAGCUUGUCUCCGAAGCCGAGCCUUUGCCUUACCGUGAAACUGACUGGACCGAUCCUACAGCUACAACAUUGAUUUUUCAGAAAUUGUACGUCGUGUUGGAAAGCGACUCCGAAUCCGAUUCGGAACUGAAACCCUACCUUCUAAGACCGUCUUAGUAGGAAGUCGCAUAAUAUCUUAUCGCUCGAUCUUCUAGAAGUCCUCCGCAAGUGACAUGAACUGUGGCGCUUCUACCGCUGCCCAGAUCAAUCCAAUCAACAAAAUGCGUAUCGCAGUUGCAGUUUCGCUUUCAUGGUUGUUUCUGGAGGGGAUUCCGGCGCCAGCCGCGCGCAGCCUAUGGUCCGACACGGAAGAAAAUUCGACGGAGAUCACGGCCGCCACACUCUCCACUGCGGCAUCGUCGACCGAUCAUCAUCAGAUGCGGCAAAGCUCCGCAGAGGAAGCACAGGAUGACCUCACCUUCGUGCUUACGACGGAGCUGGAAAAGCGAGCGGGCAUGCAGUAUUUCUGCGACUUACGAAAAGUCUUCCCGAAGGCCAAGUACUGGCGAGAUUUGAAGGCGUCCAGUUCUUCGUCCAGCGACGGGCAGGAAUUCACUUGGAAAAGCCUGUUCCUGCACAAUCCUCCUCUCUGUUACAACGUCGAGGCGCCGAGCCGCAGCAUUUUGGAUGACUACCGGCCGCCGUUGCCUUUUGUUUCCCAACGGAAGUUCUCUGUCGUUAUGGUAUCACGCGGAACUCUACUUGAACAAAAAUUCUGGUCGGAACAAGGACAACAGGCCGGGGCAGGAAUUGCUCUAUCGUACGAAGCCCUUCGCCGCGAAUCUUGACACGGAAUCUGUCGCGAACACCUUCAAAGUUUUCUCCCACGCACCGACAGAUGAAUAUUUCUCUACAGGAGGGACAACGACGAGAAUCAUGAACAAAUCAGCCGUGCUGCAGAAGGGACGCAAAUCCGUUUUCGAGACGUCGGACCACAGCAGCUUUACCCCUAGCUUUGACGGCAUUCCCGGGGGCGAGCAUUACGUCGCGGCGGUGCAGAAUAAAGUGCUAAUGGCUCGGGAUCAGAAAAACAAAGACAAACUCCAGGCUCUGGAAAAUGCCCGCAGGAAUUACGCACAGGAGGUGGUGAUCAGGUUCUCUGUCAGUGUCGUGUGCACAGAGAUCUACGGUGUGGGUCGAGUGCCCGUUCAGGUUCCAACCAAGCGAACACCGCCCCGUCAAGCCGCCCGCGCUGGGCUUCUGACUCCGCGGAGACGGGCCAGCGACCCGGGACUGAGGGAUGCGUAUACACUGCUCGACGGCCACGAUGCCGCCGAAAUUCUGACGACCUACUACCCGCUCCGGAAACCGGAAAACGGUGACCGCAAGAAGCAGACUUUGCCAUUUACCGAAGCGGAAACAGCAAGCUUGGAACUUGAAGCCGGCGCAGGGGUGUGGGAGCCCGGUGAGGAAGCAUUUGCACUCGGGGCAGGUGGCACGGCCUUUGACGCUGGUGGAAGCUCCGCGAGAAGAGCUGUAACGACUAGUAGGCCGCGUGCUCGAUCACUACCGCCCGCGCGGAUCGGCUCAAGGGGCAGUGCACCUAGUAGUAGACAGCACAGCUUCGGGACCACGUCGAUGCCGCCAAAAGCGGGGUCGCCCGUUGCUCCGACAUCAGGGGCAACAGCGGCUGCAUCUUCCGGAGGGGAUGUCUAUACGCGGAGAACCGCUUUCGAUGCGACGGAGGGGAAUUUUUUCGUUCAGGCGAUCCCUUUCUACGAUCCCACGGGGCGCCUCGACCAGGGUGGAAACUACCCGAAGCUGCCCGGUGACUUCGAGCCUGCGACCGCGUGCAUGAUGAUGCCGCGACAGGUCAGGCUCCGUCUUGCUCCCUUCGCAGUCACGGAAGAAGAAGAAGCUUCGGGGGCACUACCAACCAAAGACGAGGCGAUGCGCUGGAUCAGAUUUCAAGACCAGCCGGCCCUGCAGGGUACUAAAAGCGAAAUGUCGCAGGCCUGGCUCCGGUGGUGGGUGCGCCAGCAGAUGAUUCGCAAGCACAAGGAGCUAGUGGCGCUGACCACGAGGUCCGGCCACGUCAAGACGCCGCAGUGCGGGGUCUGCAUGUCGCACAAGCGCUUCAUGCACAUUUUGCUCACGACGCAAGACAACAGCAGGGCGCGGCUAUCCGGAAACUCCCCGUCCACCGAGCGAGACAUUUACCUCAAUCACGGCGUUCCGAGAACCUGGCUCCAGCACCCGUCGCAGGACGUGGAUCGCGCGCCGGCGCAGCUCGUGAGAACUGCGCAAGAGGCUGAGGCACAAAACAAGCCGCAUCAAGCUUGUUCUGUGCAAACCAGCAUGAAGAUUCCGUUCCAAGGCUUGAACGUCCAGCAGAACCCGACCCUCUUUUGCGAGGAAUGCGUGGAGUCCAUCAUGAACACGGAGGGAACGCUGGAAAGCACCAGUAACCCCGGCCUGAAGCUGCACCCAAUCACAAAAAAGCCCAUCAAUGCAACGCUUCCCUUCGUGCCUCCCGUCGCACCUACAACAUCUGGCGCUCUUAAAACCAGCAGUAAAGGCAAGAAAGGCACCGCGGCAAAGAAGAGCAAAAAGCUAGCGGCCACUGAGACCGCCGCGCCAAAAUCCGAGUGGGAUUUGACCAUGCGGGUGCUGCCGAUGCACAUGAACGCUAUGCGCGCGGCGUGGGAAAUUGAGCUGCAGGUUCUGUCCCUGGAAGCGCAGCUUUCGAUGGAUUCUUGGUGCUGGCGGGCUGAAGAACACAUUUUGCGCGAGCACCACGACUGGGUGAAGUGCUCCCGGCGCAUGGUGUUCCGCGACGAUCGACUCCCGCUGACGCACACGCUCGUCGCUUUCCAGCGUGACGCGAUGGAAAAGCGAAAGCUUCCGAAAGCUCACGUGGAGCCCCUGUACAUGUGCAAGGCCGUGGAUUUGGAAAACGAUAAAAAGAAGUCUACUCUGACGAAAAUUCAGAAAGCCGUCACCAGUUCCCCAAUGAAAGCGUUUAAAGCCGUGAAAACGGCCGCGAAGAUGGUUGCGAAGGCCGCCCAGGGCAAGCCAAGCAAGGCCGCGCGCAGACGGGCGGCGUCGUGUCGAGCUCAUGGAAGUACUAGUGGCGCAACAAGCUCCUCAUCUUCAUCUGGUCCUUUUGCAGCAGCUGCACCGUACUGCGUUCACAAAAAAGUCCGUGCUGGCUCAAUCCCUACCGAUACCGACACCCUCCGGCCCUGCCGGGUCUUGAGGAUCGCGGAGGAGGUGAAUGCAACCAGGAAGCACAAAAAGGGGAAAGAACUGUACCACGUCAUGUUUUACGACAACGACUACGACCCGUAUUUUUACGACUUGCGCGAGACCGGUGUGUCGGUAACGCAAGAGCUGCACCACGCGCGUCUCCGGGUGCCGCACAGUUCCUUCGUGCACAGCGAGAAUUUCGCCGCCGACGUUUUGAUGGGAAACAAAUCUACGGCUGAAGCUUCUGCUGGACAAGCUUUAGUCCCCACCGCGUCUAUCUCCUACGAGUUCUUCAAAACGCAGAAACAAGAACACUACCCGUUCGCCGUGCAGCUUGCGGAGGUGGAGGAAAGGAAGAAGCCCUCGAAAUUUGGCCUCGGCCCGCCGACCUUCUUGAUGCAGCAAGGAUCAUCUUCCAGUGCUGCUGCUGCGGCGGCAGCCGCUCUCUCAGGCAGAAACGCCCACCGAGACGGAGUCGUCCGUGGCUUCGCCCGUGCCCUCGUCCUCGCCGGCGCGGUCCCGUUGCUCUUCGCCGAGGAGGCAGCGAAGCAAGGUCGACGCGGAUAUGUCCUGUUCCGCCGCCGCGGCGGCCGGGGAAGAUCAUCUUCGAGAGGAAGGGGCAGUGGAUACGACCACGUUCUCCGUCGGACCGGCGUUGACGACGCGGUCCGACGCUUCGCGCUCCUCUGCAGCGUCGCCCUCUCUGAGCGACGUAUCCGGGGGGCUUUCUGUGGGAGACACGGCUGCACCACCCAGAGGACCAAGUCCGCCGGCAACGCGGCAGCCGCACCCGAGCGGCCGCGGCGGCCCAUCUUAUUUCGGAGCGCUGCUGGCGCGAGCGGUUGCCGAAGGUGGAGAAGGGACGACCGGAGUUCAACACAUCACCGGGGAGCAAGAGGCACAACAAGCGAUGACGCCAGUCGCGGCUUAUACCGGCUAUCCCAUUGUUCCCGAAAGCGCACUGCGAGAAUUCGAACUGCCGCCGGGGCAACACGCUGGUACGAACACCAGUGUGGUUCCCAACAGGUGGGGUCGUGCACAAGCUUCACAAACCCCUCCAUACCCACGUACUAG